AUGCCUGCUGAAAAUCUGCGAUGGGAAACUUUAGAGGCUUAAGAAGUCCACCAAGGCAAGAUCCCGUUCGACCCGUACUGGUCCGAGAGGGGAGAGGACAUUUUGGCGGGCUGCAGAGAGGACCUCAGCUUGUCCCCGCGCUCCGGGGUCAUUCUGGAGCGUCUGGGUCCUUUACCUCCACAGACCUCCAGGAGCUUUCUGGGCUCCAGCUCAGGAGACUCGAGCCCCGGCCUCUCAGAGGAGAACUCUGCGUCGGCGUCCUCCUCGGGAUCCAUCCCGGACAUCAACGGGAGGAGCAACACGCUGCAUUCAGCUCCGCCUUUUAGGACGGACAGUGAGCAGGCUGUCGAGCUGAAGGAGGAAGAUGCAGAUAUCAGCGAUGUUUCCUCUCCUGUUUCUCUUCCCACCAUUUCUCUCCUGUCACCCAAAGCCAUGGAGACGGCCGGACGCAUUCUCAAGUUUGAGGAGAAACAGCGGGAAAAGGCGAAGGUCAGCUCAAAACUGCGGCAGGAGAUGCAGGAGAAGCUGGUGGCGGCGGUGGCGAGCUCCGAGUCGGAGCAGCUGAAGCGUUUCGAGGAGUUCAUGGAGCUGAAACAGAGACAGGAGUACCAGAGCAUGAGGGACAUGAUGGACCGAGAGACGAAAGAGAGCAUCGGGCGACAAGAGAAGCUGAAGGAGGAGCAGCGACACAGGAUGAAGAUCCUCAACCUGCGGCUGCGGGAGGCGGAGCAGCAGCGCCUGAAGGAGGCGGAGCUCGAGCGGCAGCGUCAGGUGGAGGGCAGGGAGAGGCUGAGGAACCUGAACACCAUCCAGGAGGAGAUCCUGCAGCUCAACCAGCUGCUGGAUCCGUCCAAGCUGUCUAAAACCGACCUCCCCGCCGCCAGCCUCAGCUCCCUGAGCGCCCGCGGGAACCAGCUGUGCUCGCAGGUGUCCGAGGUCGUGAGGAAGACGGCAGAGGGAGAGUUUCCCAGCGUGGAGGACAUGGCGGUGGCCGAGCGAGCGCUCCACGAGAUGCGGGCGCAGAUCCGGCUGAUGCAGGAGGAGGUCGCCGAGGCUCAGGAGCAGAAGAAGAAGGAGCAGGCGGAGGAGAAGGAGGAGCUGAGGAAGAAGGCGGAGCUCCAGGCGCAGCAGGAAGCGCAGAAGAAGGCGGAGCAGUCGGCCAAAGAGAAGGCGCAGAGGAAAGGUCUGCAGAACAGCGCCGAGGACGGCACGCUGAAAUGGUUCAAGGAGCUGCAGGAGUCGGCUGCUCAGUGCGCCAAGUCCUUCGAACAACUCAGCGCCCCGAAAGACGCACAGACUAAGAAGCUCAAGCUGGAGCUCCAGAAAGCCGCCAGCAUCCCCGUCAGUCAGAUCUCCAGCAACUCCGGAUCACAGCUCCGAGAAAUCUUCGACAAGAUCGACAAGCUGGUGUCGGGCCGGGCGGUGGUGUCGGGGGGGCGGUCCGUCUCCACCUCGCAGCAUCCUAAAGGCCUCGACUUCGUCUGCUACAAACUGGCUGAGAAGUUUGUGAAACAAGGAGAGGAGGAGGUGGCGUCCCAUCAUGAAGCGGCGUUCCCCAUCGCCGUGGUGGCCUCGGGCGUCUGGGAGCUUCACCCUCGAGUCGGCGACUUCCUCCUCGCCCACCUGCACAAGAAAUGUCCGUACGCCGUCCCUCAUUACCCCCCGAUGAAGGAGGGCAUGGCGGUGGAGGAUUACCAGAGGAUUCUCGGUUACCGCGUGGACGACUCCGGGGUCGAAGGUCAGGACAGUUUCCUGAAGAGGAUGUCGGGGAUGAUCCGUCUCUACGCCGCCAUCAUCCAGCUCAGGUGGCCCUACGGCGCCAAGCAGGGGUCUCCUCACGGUCUGAACAACGGCUGGCGAUGGCUCGCUCAGAUGCUCAACAUGGAGCCGAUCGCCGACAUCACGGCGACGCUGCUGUUCGACUUCCUGGAGGUGUGUGGUUACGCUCUGGUGAAACAAUAUCAGUAUCAGUUCUAACUCAUCCUGCUGCUUAAAGAGGAAUAUUUCCCCAGGAUUGAAGCGGUGACCAACGGACAGAUGGGCUCCGUCAUCAGACUCAAACAGUUUCUGGAGACGUCUCUGCAGAGCCGACAGAUCAGCCCGCCUAAAGGCCAGCUGAGCGCCACCUUCUGGAGGACGUGAUGGAGGAGGGCGGCGUGAUGGACGCUGCUGGGUGACGGCGUUUAGGACACAAUAAAUCAGAGAGGAAACGAUGAAGAGAGACUGACUGCAC